AUGUUCAGCUCCGCGUGCUUCCACCGAACCGCGUCCUACUACCUCCCGCUGCCGCUCGUUGCAGUCGUCGAGGACGGUAACCAGAUCAUCCGCGUCGCGCCGUCCUCGCUGCUGCUAGAAGGCCUAGACGUGGCAGCCCUAGUCCUCCACCAGUUCGACUACUACCGCUACGAGGACGCGCAGGUGACCACCAUCAACGGCGCCCCCGCCAUGACCUACCUACUCGAGUGGGCGGGGCGCUACGUGGGCCAGUACCGCGACUCGGGCGUGCGCUUCAAUCUGCUCUUUGCAAGAAGGGUUGUGUCUAAAGCGACGGGCGCUGUGAUUGCGACUCAGGGCGCGUUCGCACAGCGGAGCCUCGUGCCGACGAAUGACAGCGUUGUGGUGGAGCUGCUGCUGGCCACGAGUGCCACACCAGUCCAAAUAACAGUGCCAUGGGUGGCAGUGCUGCCGACCAAUUUCGACUCCGCCACCUCCUACUGGGCGGCAAACUGCGCCACCCCUCGCCAACCCACCCCCUCUGCCGCUGCCGCUGCUGCCUCUGCUACUGCUUCUGCCUCUACUGCUUCUCCCUCUGCUGCUGCUGCUGCUGCUGCUGCGAGAGCUGGGGGGUUUGGGGCGGCUGGGGGGGCUUUGGGGGCGCGCAGCAGGGCAGGGGGGGAAGAGAUGGCGCUGAUAACGGAUGGGGGGAAGGGGGAAGGCGGGACAGAAGGCACAGAGAAGGGAGCAGAGGGCACAGUAGGAUCAGUGGUAUGGGGCAGCAGCCGCGUGGGAAUGGGCGAGAGCAGCAGGGAGAGAGCGUCUGGGUGGCCGACUCUAGCUGUGGAGUUCCCAAGGCCCGACCUCGACGCCCGCCCCUCCCUGCUGCGCCCCCCUCCCCCACCCCCUGCCGCCCCCCUGCUGCUCCGUGCUGUGGUGCCGAGUGCUGUGGUGCCGAGUGCUGUGGUGCCGAGUGCUGUGGUGCCGAGUGCUGUGGUGCCGAGUGCUGUGGUGCCGAGUGCUGUGGUGCCGAGUGCUGUGGUGCCGAGUGCUGUGGUGCCGAGUGCUGUGGUGCCGAGUGCUGUGGUGCCGAGUGCUGUGGUGCCGAGUGCUGUGGUGCCGAGUGCUGUGGUGCCGAGUGCUGUGGUGCCGAGUGCUGUGGUGCCGAGUGCUGUGGUGCCGAGUGCUGUGGUGCCGAGUGCUGUGGUGCCGAGUGCUGUGGUGCCGAGUGCUGUGGUGCCGAGUGCUGUGGUGCCGAGUGCUGUGGUGCCGAGUGCUGUGGUGCCGAGUGCUGUGGUGCCGAGUGCUGUGGUGCCGAGUGCUGUGGUGCCGAGUGCUGUCUACCUGCUAGCAGACAAUACCACAGCAGUAAUCUGGCUGCACACCUUCCUGCCAGCAUUGGACGGCUCAGAUGAAGCCCUCAUUGCCUUCCUGCUCGCUGAGAUCUCCACAGCCGUUGAUCUCGCCAACCAGCAUGGCAGGCGCAUACUAAUGGACGUGAGUGGCAACGGCGGGGGCUACGCCGAUAUCGCCUACCUCCUCCUCCGCCUUGUCGCCGGCAAGCAGAAAGCCCCCAAGGGCCGAGUGCAGAUGCCGCAGCAGCUGCUCAUUUCCAAUGCCUUGAUGCUCUCAUUGCUCGACCAGCAGCUCACCUCGUUCUACCAGUGGGAUAAGUAUGUGAGGGUUGACGAGACCACGCCGGUUAAGAGCGCGCGCGAUUUCAAGCCGUUUCUGGAGGAAAAGUUUUCGCCGGACGGGCAGACCGGAGUGUACUCGGGUUUGUUCAAGCUCGCCGUGUUUCCCGGGCUUGAGAAGGUGCCAUUUCGCGGCCCGGUGUUUGGGAACCGGCCGCUCGUUAUAGUCACAAACGGAAACUGCUUCUCAGCCUGCGCUAUAUUCACACACAACCUCCGGAAGCGGUUCAAUGUGAAGCAUGUGACUGUAGGGGGGGUUCUGGGUGAGCCCCUCGGGAUCAGUGCAUCGUGCAUGGGAGCCACAAUGCCUUCCCUAGAAACCGGGGUGACUAACUUCCUAACCGGGACGAAACUCGCCGACCACCCGCGCGCGCCGAAGCCGUUUCCAUAUAAUGUGGUGCAAGGAGUGGCGGUGGUACAGGGGUAUGUGGAGGAUAAAGUGCCGUGUGAGUAUGUUUUUCUGCCCGGGGACCAGCAUGUUGAUCUGACCAUGGAUAAAGUGGCCAACCCUGCUCUUGUGUGGGAAGAAGCCUCGCAAUACUUUUAA